ACUCUUCUCUCCAUUCCUUUUCCUUUCAUCUUCAAGAUCCAAUCCUUGUGUUUUCCCUCUCACCUUUUCCUCUGUAGUACUAAAAUAACAGCCAAAGACCCAUCCUUUGCUCUCUGCAAACAAGCAAACAAAACUACGUAGUGGUUGUUGCUGGUGGUGGAUGGCAAGAGCCAAUAAAUAUGCCUCUGUUAACUUUAACCAUGUUUAUGACAAAAACAUAAGCAAUUCCACCUCUUCUAAUAACACAAACAACAACCCAUCAAAGCACCAAUCUUCCACUUCCUUUUACUCUACUAUAUCGUCGCCUAAUAGCCCAAACAAUCUGUACAAAAGCCAUCUUCCAUCCUCAUCAACCCGUACACAUGGCCGGAUGCUGGUUCUGACCCGAACCACACCUAAACCUAUACCCUCUAUCCAAACACCACCACUGACUCCCUCACCGAAAACCCCACCUGCCCAUCAAGCUCAAGUUCAAAUCCCGGUUCAAACAGAGGCUGAACCGGAAUCGGACCGGAUUUCUCUACGUCCUUUAGGUCGAACCGGGGCUGGCUCGAUUGCUUCUUCUCCGGUUCAUGGACAGGAGAAGCAGAAGGAGGUUGGGUCUAGUGUGGGGUCGCCUAAAUCGGAUAAGUUUGUGCCACCACAUCUUAGACCGGGUUUUGUUGGGAGAGAGGAAAAGCCCGGACCGGAGGUUUUUAGGGGUAAGGAGGUGGGUCAAAGGCAGCAGCAGCAGUUUUUUGGUUCUCCGGAUCGGUUUGGUGAGGAAGGGAGGCCUAAGUCAGGUGGGUAUGAGAUGAUGAGGAGAUUUGAUGAAUCAAAUCUGGGUUUCGUAAAUCGACCAAUAUCCAGUGGGAACCGGCCCGGUUCAAGUGGAUGAGUUCUUACGACAUUGAAGUCAUCGACAUGGACAAGAACAGAACUUUCUCGAUACUACUACAUACCAGAUACAUCAUUGAGCCCCAGUUUCCAUCUAUUAUUCCCUAAAAAAUCUCGCUGUCUUUUCCAGAGGAUCAGUGGCAUUUUAACUCAUGCAGCCUGGUGGCACCUUUUAGUUUCUUAACUCGGAUGAUAGAAGCUCCUAGAUACCUAUGGAUUGUAGGAUGUGCUUAUGUGAUUUUUUCUGUCUGAUCAGUUUUACCAUUCUGACAUGCAUUUUGUUUGUAUGCUGCCUCCUCCGUAGCUUUUCCUCUUGGAUGUACUUCAAAAAUCUUUGUUCCAUCCUUUUGUACACUUCACAACUAUUAUGGUUAAUCGUUAUCCCAAUAA